GCUCGCCCCGCGCCCCCCGCCCGGCCCCGGCGCCUCCAUGGGCGCGAUGCUGCUGCCGCUCGCCCUGCUGCCCUGCGCCUUCGUCCUGCUGCGAGCCGCAGCCUCUCUCCAAGUGGACAUCGUUCCCAGCCAGGGGGAGAUCAGCGUUGGAGAAUCCAAGUUCUUCUUAUGUCAAGUGGCAGGGGAGGCCAAGUUCAAGGACAUCUCGUGGUUCUCCCCGAACGGGGAGCGGCUGAGCCCGAACCAGCAGCGCAUCUCGGUGGUGCGCAACGAUGACUUCUCCUCCACCCUCACCAUCUACAACGCCAACAUCGACGACGCCGGCAUCUACAAGUGUGUGGUCAGCAGCCCUGAGGAGGGCGACUCCGAGGCCACCGUCAACGUCAAGAUUUUCCAAAAGCUGAUGUUCAAGAACGCCCCCACCCCUCAGGAGUUCAAGGAAGGGGACGAUGCUGUGAUCGUGUGUGACGUGGUCAGCUCACUGCCCCCCACCAUCAUCUGGAAGCACAAAGGCAGGGAUGUCAUCCUAAAAAAGGAUGUGCGGUUCAUCGUCCUGUCCAACAACUACCUGCAGAUCAGGGGCAUCAAGAAGACAGAUGAGGGCACCUACAGGUGUGAGGGGAGGAUCCUGGCCCGUGGGGAGAUCAACUUCAAAGACAUCCAGGUCAUCGUGAACGUGCCUCCCUCGGUGCGUGCCAGGCAGAGCACCAUGAACGCCACCGCCAACCUGAGCCAGUCUGUCACCCUGGCCUGCGACGCCGACGGCUUCCCCGAGCCCACCGUGACGUGGACAAAGGAUGGAGAGCCCCUGGAGGAGGUGGUGGAUGAGGACAAGUUCAGCCUCAGCUACGACGGCUCCGAGCUGCAGAUCCGGCGCGUGGACAAGAGCGACGAGGCCGAGUACAUCUGCAUUGCUGAGAACAAGGCUGGCGAGGCUGAUGCCACCAUCCACCUCAAAGUCUUUGCCAAACCCAAAAUCACCUACGUGGAGAACAAGACAGCCAUGGAGCUGGAGGAUCAGAUCACGCUGACCUGCGAGGCCUCGGGGGACCCCAUCCCCUCCAUCACCUGGAGAACCUCCACCAGGAACAUCAGCAAUGAGGAGAAGGCUUCGUGGACCCGGCCCGAGAAACAAGAGACGCUGGACGGGCGCAUCGUGGUGCGCAGCCACGCGCGCGUCUCCUCGCUGACGCUCAAGGACAUCCAGUACACGGACGCGGGCGAGUACGUGUGCACGGCCAGCAACACCAUCGGCCAGGACUCGCAGCCCAUGUACCUGGAAGUGCAGUAUGCCCCCAAGCUCCAGGGCCCCGUGGCCGUGUACACGUGGGAAGGAAACCAAGUGAACAUCACCUGUGAGGUGUUUGCCUACCCCAGUGCUGUCAUCUCCUGGUUCAGGGAUGGGCAGCUCCUCCCCAGCUCCAACUACAGCAACAUCAAGAUCUACAACACCCCCUCAGCCAGUUACCUGGAGGUGACCCCAGACUCGGAGAAUGACUUUGGGAACUACAACUGCACGGCUGUGAACCGCAUCGGGCAGGAGUCCUCCGAGUUCAUCCUGGUGCAGGCAGACACGCCGUCCUCGCCCUCCAUCGGCAGGGUGGAGCCCUAUUCCAGCAGUGCCCAGGUGGAGUUCGACGAGCCCGAGGCCACGGGUGGGGUGCCCAUCCUCAGGUACAAGGCGGAGUGGAGGGCCCUGGGCGAGGGGGACUGGCACACCAGGCUCUAUGAUGCCAAGGAAGCCAACGUGGAGGGGAUGGUGACCAUCACAGGGCUGAGGCCUGAGACCACCUAUGCAGUGAGGCUGUCAGCAGUCAAUGGCAAGGGCGUGGGGGAGCUCAGCCUGCCCGCAGAGUUCAAGACUCAGCCAGUCCGCAUCCCUCACCCACAAGGGGAACCCAGUGCCCCCAAGCUGGAAGGUCACAUAGGAGAGGAUGGCAACUCCAUCAAAGUGAAUGUCAUCAAGCAGGACGAUGGAGGCUCCCCCAUCAGGCACUACCUGAUCAAGUACAAAGCUAAGCACUCCUCGGAGUGGAAGCCCGAGAUCCGGCUGCCGUCAGGCAGUGACCACGUCAUGCUGAAGUCACUGGACUGGAAUGCAGACUAUGAGGUGUACGUGGUGGCCGAGAACCAGCAGGGCAAGUCCAAGCCUGCCCACUACGCCUUCCGCACGUCAGCACAGCCCACGGUGAUCCCAGCCAGCACCAGCCCUACCUCGGGCCUGGGCACUGCUGCCAUCAUUGGCAUCCUCGUGGUGGUGUUUGUGGCGCUGCUGGUGGCCGUGGAUGUCACCUGCUACUUCCUGAACAAGUGCGGGCUGCUCAUGUGCAUCGCCGUCAACCUGUGCGGCAAAUCCGGCCCGGGGGCCAAGGGCAAGGACAUGGAGGAGGGCAAGGCGGCCUUCUCGAAGGACGAGUCCAAGGAGCCCAUCGUGGAGGUGCGCACCGAGGAGGAGAGGACCCCCAACCACGAUGGGGGCAAGCACACGGAGCCCAACGAGACCACCCCGCUGACAGAGCCAGAGCACCCCGCCGACACCGCGGCCACCGUGGAGGACAUGCUGCCUUCUGUCACCACGGGCACCACUAACUCUGACACUAUCACUGAAACCUUUGCCACUGCCCAGAACAGCCCCACCAGCGAGAGCACCACGCUGACCUCCAGCAUUGCCCCUCCGGCCGCGGCCACCGCCGACGCCAGCGCCGCGGCCGCCGGCCAGGCCACCCCGGCCAAAGGCACGGCCACCGCCUCGGUGUCGUCACCGCCGCCCUCCUCCACCCCCAGAGUGGCCCCUCUUGUUGAUCUCAGCGACACCCCCAGCUCUGCUCCGGCCACCAGUAAUUUAUCUUCAAGUGUCCUGCCGGGGCAGGCCGUGCUCAGCCCCAGCGCCGCCGCGGCCGACGCCGCCAAAGCCGGCAGCAAGCCGGCCACCCCCAGCCCCAGCAGCCUCAGCAGCCCUGCAGCUCCCUCAGAGCCCAAGCAGGAGGUGGCCAAGAGCCCCGAGAAGGAGCCCAGCACGGUGAAGAGCCCGGCAGAGACCCCCAAGAACCCGAGCGGCGUGAAGAGCGAGGCUGCCUCGGGCAGCGCCGCCAACCCCUCGCAGAACGAGGACUUAAAAAUGGACGAAGGGACCUUCAAGCCACCAGACAUUGACCUUGCCAAGGAUGUUUUUGCAGCUCUUGGCACUGCUACUCCUCCUGCUGCCGGCGGGGCUGGUGGGCAAGCCCCCGAGGCUGCUGCUGCAGACAGCUCUGCCCCCGCAAAGACCGAGAAAAUGCCAGCAGAGGACAAAGGCGCCGUGCAGGACAGGAAGAGCCCCCCGGCAGAGGUGAAGACGGUGCCCAACGAAGCCACACAAACAAAGGAGAACGAGAGCAAAGCAUGAUCAGCACCGGCAGAGGGGGCAGAAAGCUCCCCCGAGCAUUGAAAUCACAACCCACACACCCAUCUCAUUCCUCUAGUGUCUGUUGCCUUUUUUUAAAAAAGAAAAACAAACCAACCAACCAGAAAAAUGCAUAAAUGGGGGGAGGGAGGGAAUGUCUCUUUUUUCCUUUUGUUUCCUUUUUUUUGUUUUUCUCCUCUUCUUCUCUUUUUGUUGUUUUUUUGUUUGUUUUGAUUGAGUUCUGUUUUGUGGUUUCUUUGAGAUUUCUAGAAAGGUUCUAUUCGUUGUGCACUUGCUUUUAAAAAGUAAAACAUGUUAAGAACAGGGUUAAACCCGUCACCAAAUCAGGGCUCAGCUGCCCUGUGUAUAUUCAAACAAGCAAACAUUGCAAUGCUGGUUGCAAUGUGGUUGGGAAGCUCCAAAUCAAGUAGUCCUAGACACAAAAAAAAGAAAAAAAAACUACUAAAAAAGACAAAAAAAAAAAAAGCCAAGAGACCCUGUUGUUUCCUUUGUUAGUAUAGCAGAGAUAACCAGUGUGCUGCUGGGCACAGCUGGUGCUUAAAGAACAAAGUCCACAAUUUAUUUUUAUACUUUUCAGUCGAGUUUGAAAUAUGUAAAGCCUCAUAAAUAAGUUAUGGUUUCUGUUCACCUUGUAUCUGGUCAGUAUGCAAAGUGUCUCGAGCUCUUUGUGACUGAAUCCUGCUCGCCACGUUAGACUUCAUUUGGGGUUUAUUGUUCUUGUUUGUUUUUAGGAAGAAUGCCAAAAUUGCAGCUUGGGGGAUGUAUUUCAAUUUGCAGUAUUCAGACUCUACAUUUCUUUUUCAAUUCUACGUUCAAUUUUUUUUUUUUUUUGCCAACUUUGGUUCUUUCCAGUGUUUACAAUUGACAGAUAUUUUUUUAACUUGUGUUGAAAUGGAUGUGUAAAAUAGCUGCCUUUUUCUUUUUCUUUUCUUUUUUUUAUUUAGUUUUGUUUUGUUUUUUCAGUCCAUCCAGUCCUGUAGACACUAGGGUAGCAGCAUGCUUGCUUUGCAAAGGGAGACAUUUUCAACCAUGGAUGUUUACAGUAGUCGUUUCCCCUUUUCUCUUUUCUUAAUUAUUGUUAUUAUUAUUAUUAUUGUUAUUAUUAUUAUUAUUAUUUCUUACUGGAGUAAGAAGAAAAGCGAUGCUGGGGUUUGGUUUGGGGUUUUUUUGGGGGGUGGGGGUGUUCAGAGCACUCCCCACCAGGCAAGGGCUUUGUCCAGCACUCCCCAAACCUGCUUGGGGUGAGGGAGCUGCUGGAGAAAAUCCUCCUGUGCUUAAAUUUUCUUUGGAUCCCUCGCUGGACCUGGGCCUGACUGCAUAGAGAAAUAUCAUCUCUGCUUUUUUAGGACAUUCUCCCCUUUGUUCACAGACCCCUCCCGGGCUCUGGGGAGCUCCAGGGAGCUUGGACAGUCUGGGCUGGUCUGGGCCAGAUGGAUCCCUCCUGGUUAGGGCAGGAAAUUCCCAAUUUCAGUCAAUUCCAAAUUCAGCAAAUUCCAGUUUCGGUAAAUACCAAUUUCAGAAAAUCCCAAUUUCAGUAAAUUCUGAUUUCAGAAAAUACCAGCUGCAGAAAAUACCAAUUUCAGCAAAUUCCAGUUUCAGCAAAUACCAGUUUUGAUAAAUACCAAUUUCAGAAAAUACCAAUUUCAGUAAACACCAAUUUCAGAAAAUUCCAGUUUCAGAAAAAUACCAAUUUCAGAAAAAAGCAAUUUCAGUAAAUCCCAAUUUCAGUCAAUUCCAAUUUCAGCCAAUUCCAAUUUCAGCAAACACCAAUUUCAGUAAAUCUCAAUUUCAAUGAACUCUAAUUUCAGUAAAUCCCAAUUUCAAUAAACUCUAAUUUCAUUAAAUACCAAUUUCAGUAAAUACCAUGUCCUCUGACCCUAAAUAAAAAUACAAACCCAAAAAUAAAGGUUUUUCCCCCAAAGGUGCUGGGCAGAUUCCAGACCCUUCCUGCAGGUCCAACCCCUGGAAUCAGGAGCAGGGGCUGGAAUUCUGUGCCAGGGAAAAUGAAAUUAUGGAUGGGGGAGCUGAGGAGUGGGAUUGAUCAUCAGGAAUCACAGCAAAUCUGAAUUUGGGGUAAUGGGAUUGAUCAUCAGUGAUCACAGAGCAACUCUGAAUUUGGGGUGGGAGAGCUGAGGAAUGGGAUUUAUUAUCAGGAAUCACAGCAAAUCUGAAUUUGGGGUAAUGGGAUUUAUUAUCAGGAAUCACAGAAAUUCUGAGAUUUGGGGUAAUGGGAUUUAUUGUCAGGAAUCACACAGCAACUCUGAGAUUUGGGGGUGAGAAGGAGCUUUGAGCAGAAGGAAGGCAGAGUGUAGGGAGAGACCAGCCCAUUGUAUAGAGAUGUUCCUCCUGUUGGGGUUUUGGGUAUUAUUUCCUUUUUUUUUUUAUUUUUAUUUUUAUUUUAUUUUAUUUUCCCUUUUAUUUUAUUUUCAUUUUGUUUUGAUUUUUUUUUAAUUCUACUUUAGAUCUGCAAGCUUGUGCACUGUGGGUGCGUGACUAUUUUAGUGUGAACCGUGUUUUUUGUCAUAGUAUUGAAAUAAUAAAAGCUUCAACAUA